AUGUCUUUCAUGAUUUGUGUUUCAAUCUUUGUGGCCCUUUGUAUGCUUGGUGGCUUUCACUUCUACUUGAUCCUCACCAACCAAACCACCAUCGAGUUCCAGCUGAACAUGGUUCGGAGACGUCAGUGUCGGAAGAACGGCGAGUUCUUCCGAAACCCGUAUGACAUCGGUCGCAGUCGCAACUGCCAAGAAGUCUUUGGUCCAAAUAGCCUGUGGAGCCUCAAAUGGAUGUUCCCAUACUUGGCAGCGCCACCCAUGGGAGAUGGACUAUCGUAUGCCUCCAGUAUGCCUGGCUUGGAGCUUUGA